AUGUCAAAUAAUUCAAUUUACCUAGAUGAAUUUGAUGCUCCAACAUUAAAACCAUCUUUCGAAGAAUUCAAAUAUUUACUGUCAUAUAUAUAUUCCAAUGAAGCAUAUUUAAUGCAAUAUGGUGGUUGUAAAAUAAUACCUCCACAACCAUGGUUACCAAUUUCAAAGACACCAUCGGAUAUCCAAAUUCGAGAAAUUUUAUCGCAACAAGUUGAACAAGUUCACAUGCAACAUAAAAUUUAUCAGAUAACCAACACAAAGUUAUCUUUGAAUAAGAGGAAGAAAACUUAUAAAUCAUAUAAAACUUUGGCACAGGGUGAUAAAUAUCGUUUAUCCCACACUAUUGAAAAUUUAGAAGAGUAUUUUUGGCGAACACUAAAUAAACGUCAACCACAGCCGCAGUAUGCCGCAGACAUUGAUUAUAGUUUGUUUCACAAUAAAGAAGAUAUAUUCAAUUUGAAUCAAAUUCCGUUACAAUCAUUAUUAGGUGAAAGCAAACAACGUUUCAAAGGUAAGGUCGCGCCGACAUUGAAAAUAACUUAG